CUCUAGAGGUCAUCAGGCAGGAUUUACGACUGGACAACAAAAGCACGUGAUUGCAAGUCGUACCCCAUAUUUGGGUGCCUACGUAGGAGGGAACCAAGUACAUGUCCCAGUCAUUUCCAUAAUUCAUCAUAAAUUGUGCAAAGGGUGCUAUAGACGCACAAAACGACCAAGAGCCACAAAUCAAGCACACAUAUCAAAAAACAAAUGAGCUCUUAUUUUGUAAACUCAUUUUGCGGUCGCUAUCCAAAUGGCCCGGACUACCAGUUACAUAAUUAUGGAGAUCAUAGCUCGGUGAGCGAGCAAUACAGAGAUUCAGCGAGCAUGCAUUCCAGCAGGUACGGAUACGGCUACAAUGGAAUGGACCUGAGUGUUGGCCGCUCAGCCUCCAACCCCUACAGUGCCAAUGACAGAGCAAGAAAUUAUACAGCCAACUCAAGUUCCUCUGCAGAGAGCAGGUAUAACCAACCUGCAGCUUCACACUCUCCUCCACCUGACUCUCUGCCCUGCUCAGCAGUGCCAACCUCGCCUGAGAGCCACCAAGGGGGCAAAAACUCUCUAAGUAACUCUAACAACACUUCCUCCAGCACCAACAGCACCAGCAGCAGCAGCAGCACUCAUAUUAACAGAGAAGGGGUUGGUACUUCUUCUAUUGCUGAAGAUGACACCCCAGCUAGCAGCGAACAGCCAAGUUCACAAAACGGCCAGAGCCCAGCUCCAUCAGCACAGCCACAGAUUUACCCUUGGAUGAGAAAACUGCACAUAAGUCAUGACAGCAUAGGGGGACCAGAAGGGAAGAGGGCUAGGACAGCCUAUACCCGCUAUCAAACAUUAGAGUUGGAAAAAGAAUUUCAUUUCAACAGAUACCUGACUCGCAGGAGAAGGAUUGAAAUAGCACAUGCUCUUUGCCUCUCUGAAAGACAAAUCAAAAUCUGGUUCCAAAACCGAAGGAUGAAAUGGAAAAAGGACAAUAAACUUAAAAGUAUGAGCAUGGCAGCUGCAGGAGGUGCAUUUCGUCCAUAAAUGUUGGAUGAAUGAAAAGUACUGAUACAGUAUUAGCUACACAUGUAUAUUGUACGCAGGACUUUCUAGAACUCUUCCCUGUGACUUCUGUGAAGGUAUAUACCUGGUAUUGUUACCCUCAUCUUCUAGUCCUGAGCCUGUAUCCUGGGUGAAAUAACUCAAAUGCUUUAUGUCAAUUUGUUUUUUUUGUUUAUUUUGAAUGGAAUUUUGUCUUGAAAAUUAAAUGUUUUAACUUAUUUGAAUAUGUAUAGCGCUAUGUGUUACUUGAAGUAAAUGUAUAAAAUGUUUAUUACAAAAUGUUAUGUCUGUGUUGCAUUGAGUUUGCAAAAACCUGUUAAUGUUCUGUAAUGUGUGAUAUUGUCUGGAUGCCCUACAAGCUGUCAAACAGAUUUUCAUGAAACUACCUAUAAUUCCUGUGAAAAUAACUAUGUUGUAGAGGUGAAAUGUUCAAUAAAAUGAUCUUGUAUUAGUAUGGUGACUAGUGAUGCCGUGACACAAACAAGCAGUCUGUCCUUGAUGUGCCUUUUUGUAUAAUGACUCUGCACGAACUCAUGAAAGCUUCAGUAUUAUGUGUUUUGGUCAAAAAAAGUUAAGCAUAUAGUCCAGCUUGGCUGCUUAAGCAAUUGUUACAUUUUUUUGUAUUUGUUUUUUUUUUUUUCAGUAAAAAAUAUGACUGGAAACAUAACAAAAAAAUAAACUUUGUAUAUAAAAAAAAAAACUGUUUUAUGAUUAUUAUUUUAAUUUUUUUUUU